AUGGCGGCGGCCGGAAAACGAGUGGUGACCCUCGGCAGCAAAGGCUCUUCUUUAACUCCUUCCUCCGUAUUCGAUGUCGCCAAUGGCUUCGCUCGCGUCACGAUCGACUCCUCCGCCCUCUCCCGCCGCUCCCACUCCUCCACCUCUUCGAAUUCCGCCGCCGCGAAAUUCCCAUUUACAGUUCCGAGUUAUUUCACGCUCGAAGAAGCUAGGGCUUCUUUGAUCCUCCUUGUCAACAAGUUACUACUUUCCUCGUCUUCUUCGCCCGCCGCAGCCCAGCUGCUCGAGAUCCUCGAGCGAGGUGUUGGGAUCUGGGAAUACACCCUGAACGACGUCGCAUCGUGUGAUUUGCCGCAGUUGGAUUUCUCCGUCGCGGCUAUCGACGGCGUCUCCGCCAUCCUCGACCACCGCUCCUCUGCUCUGGCCUCCAUCGCUGACGCCCUCGCAGCUCUCUCGUGCGAGGCCCUGCGAGCCGACGUGUCAUCGUUCAAUCUGAUGGACUCCGGUGACGGAUCCUCGGCGAAGGACGCCGUUGCCGUUGCCGCUGAUUUCAAGGUGUUUUUCAAUGGGUCAAAGCUGGUAAACACGGGGAAAAAGCUUUUGCAUCUUUCAAUGGCGGAGAUUCCUUCUGUCCAUGGCAAUUUCAGGGAAGUCUCUCGUUUGCUACACUCGAAAACUAGAGUUCAGUUGAAUUCCGGGUUCAGGGCGGGCUCGGCAAAGGACAUGUCCACUGCAUUGUCAUCGUUGGCAAUGUCCCUGUUGAAUUUGGGGGAUAUUAGUGUCCGCCGAUCAAACCUCCUUCUGGCCGAAUCAAUUUCGGAUACUAUAAUUCGUGCUCGGUUGGUGGAGAUGUUGCCUGCUGAGUGCCAGUCUGCAGGUACAUUAGAGGAGCUGCACAUGUCCUCACAAGCUGCUCUCAGAAAAAAGGACUACUUUUUGUUCCUGCACAGUAUUUAUGAAUUACUGGAUGUGGUCAGGAAGAUUGUUUCUUGUGAGGGGUUAAUUGCAUUUGUGGCGCUCGAAGGGAGUGAGAUUUUUUCCCAGACAAUUCAAGGGGUCAAUGGAAAUGUGGAUAAGGCUAUGGGCGGGGAAUGUGUGAAGGCUGAUAAGAAAAGUGAGAAGAAAAAGAAGGUGGUUUUGGGGAAAGGGUCAGUUGCUCUCGUGCAGUUCAUUAAAGACAGGUUGCUGGGUGGAGCAGCAAAAGCCGACUUGGAAAAAUGCACUCAGGAUUUCCUUGUCUUUCUGGACCCGAGGGGUUCGGGGUUUAAUGAUCUCAUUGUGAAAGUGAAAGAGAUUGUUGAAAGUAAUGAAAGCCGAAGGCUUCCUAAGCUCCCUAAGGGUACUCGUGAUUUUGCGAAAGAGCAGAUGGCAGUCAGAGAGAAAGCUUUCUCAAUUAUAGUUGAGGUUUUCAAAAGGCACGGUGCCAUGGCUUUAGAUACUCCUGCUUUUGAAUUGAGAGAGACUCUUAUGGGAAAGUAUGGAGAAGACUCGAAGCUGAUCUAUGACCUUGCUGAUCAGGGUGGGGAACUAUGUUCACUGCGUUAUGAUCUGACGGUCCCUUUUGCCCGAUAUGUGGCUAUGAAUGGUCUGACGUCGUUCAAAAGGUAUCAGAUAGCCAAAGUGUACCGAAGGGACAACCCCUCCAAGGGAAGGUACCGUGAAUUUUAUCAAUGCGACUUUGAUAUCGCGGGCCAAUUUGAGAAGAUGGGCCCAGAUUUUGAGGUCAUCAAGAUCUUGACCGAGUUGCUUGAUGAGCUCGAUAUUGGAGAUUAUGAGGUGAAAUUAAAUCACCGAAAGCUGCUGGAUGGGAUGCUAGCUAUUUGUGGGGUGCCACAAGAAAAAUUCAGAACAAUCUGCUCGAGUAUUGACAAACUAGACAAGCAGACGUUCGAGCAGGUCAAAAAGGAAAUGGUUGAAGAAAAAGGUUUGGCCGAGGAGACUGCAGAUAAAAUAGGAACUUUUGUUAAACACAGAGGAUCUCCCGUGGAGCUACUGUCCCAGUUAAAGAAGGAAGGCAGCGAGUUUUUGACCAACAGUGAUGCUAAGCUGGCAUUGAAUGAAUUGGACACUUUAUUCAACGCUCUGGUGAAGGCUAAGUGUGUGGACAAAGUAGCUUUCGACUUGAGUCUUGCACGAGGUCUGGAUUACUACACUGGGGUCAUAUUUGAAGCUGUUUUUAAAGGGGCUACUCAGGUCGGUUCAAUUGCUGCAGGGGGACGUUAUGACAAUCUCAUCGGGAUGUUUGGGACGAAGCAGGUUCCAGCAGUUGGGAUCAGCUUAGGUAUAGAGAGAGUAUUUGCUAUUAUGGAGCAGCUCCAAAAGGAUAAAGAUCAGGAAAUCCGAGCAACCGAGACUCAAGUGCUGGUGAGCAUACUCGGGGAUGACCUGUCUCUGGGUGCUGAGCUUGUGAGCGAGCUGUGGGCCGCGAAGCUGAAAGCCGAGUUCUCGGUCAACAAGAGGGUCGUCAAGCACAUUGACCGGGCUCGUGGGGCCCGCAUCCCGUACGUGAUAAUUGUGGGGGAUCAGGAGCUGAGCAGAGGGAUCGUGAAGCUGAAAGAUGUCACGGCUGCCAAUGAGUGUGAGGUCCCGAGAGGUGAGAUCGUGGCCGAGCUUAGGAGACGAGUCAAAUUGCCGAGAAAUUAUGAGAAGGCCCUCGAAAUAAUUGACAAGCACUUGAUGUUCUGGCCAAAGUUAUUGGUACACAAGACGAAACAGAGAUUGACUAAGAUGACACAGAUGAGGAUACGCAUGAGGAAACUUGCUCUGAAGACCAGAGAGAAAAUUAUGACGGUGCCGACAAAAGAAAAGAAACGAGAAGCUCGGAGAGAGGAAAAGGCUGAAAAAGCUGCAGUCUUGGAGAAAAGUAUUGAAAAGGAGUUGAUUGAACGUCUCAAGCAAGGAGUAUAUAACGACAUCUAUAAUUACCCUGUUAAUGAGUUUAACAGUAUCCUCGAUCAGGAGGUUGGGAAAAGUGCUGUUAGUGAGGAUGAAGAGGAACCUGAAAUUGAAUACGUUGAAGGUUAUGAGGAUCUUGAGGAGGAGUUGGAGGAUAUUGAGGAUUUCGGUGGUUUUGAUCUUGGAGAGGAUGAUGACAAUGAUGAAAUGGAUGGUGCUGACGAUGAUGAUGAUGACGAACAGAACGUAUUAAAGAAAGGUAGAAAGAGUCGUGGUAGGAAGCUGGAGAAAGAAGAAAGAGACCCCAAAUCGAGGAAGAAGGUCAAAGUACAUGUUGAGGUCGAGCAUGAAGAUGAGCCUGAAAGACAGACAGCCAUGCUUUAG